CCUCUUAUGUUAUAUUACUACGUACUAUCUUUAUCUCAUUGUGCACCACAGAUUUUUAGAUCACGAUUAUUCAACGAAUACAUUGUAUUGAUUUCUAUCACUUAAUCAUAUUUUUCUCUUUAACAAUGGAUUCAAAAAACUCUUUCACCUUUCUAUCAUUUUUCUUCGUAGGAAUUGUGGUAGCAUUGGCUCUUCAAAUCUACUUUUUUUCACCCAUAUCACCUCAAAUACUUGAUGUGCCUUCACCAUCUAUAGUUAAUUCCCUCUUUCCUCCCAACAACCAUUUACAGGGUUUGCUUAAGGUUGAUGAAGAUGGAGUAACAACUCUAGUUUCACACUUCAACGGCUCCAAGAUACAGUUUGCAGAUGAUGUGAUAGAAGGGGAAGAUGGAAGCUUGUAUUUUAGCAUAGCAAGCACCAAAUUUGGUCUCCACAAUUGGUACUUUGAUCUAUUAGAAGCCAGACCUAAUGGCCAGCUUCUCAAGUUUGAUCCCCAAACUAAAGAAACAUCAUUAUUGCUAGAUAAUCUUUACUUUGCAAAUGGAGUAGCCCUCUCAAGUGACCAACGCUACCUUUUGGUAUGCGAAACGUGGAAGUCAAGAUGCUUAAAACAUUGGUUACAAGGCGAUCUUCAAGGAAAGACUGAGAUAUUCAUAGAUAAUCUUCCAGGUGCACCAGAUAAUAUCAAUCUUGCUCCAGACGGGUCGUUUUGGAUUGCAUUGAUCGAGUUGUCGAACAAAGAAAUGAAGUUUGUGCACACCUCCAAGAUUGUGAAACAUUUGCUAGCAACAUUUCCCAAAUUGAUAAAGUUUGUCCAAGCUUCUCACAACAAAGCUACUGUGAUGAAGGUAUCAGAAGACGGUAAGAUAUUGAAGAGGUUCGACGACGCUGAGGGCACGGUCGUGUCUUUCGUGACUUCAGCUGUGGAGUAUGAGGGAAACCUCUACCUAGGAAGCUUAAAUUCCAAUUUUGUUGGUAAAUUAUCAUUAAACAACUUGUAGAAACUGUAUAAUUAAUACUAGUAUAAUUCAGCUUGAUAAAAUUGUAUGACUUAUACAAGAGAUUAGGCACGCUUUUAGCUCUAAACAAAACAUUGCUAGUGAUAUUUUCGUGUAAGAGUAUAACGAUUAAUUUGUCA